AUGAACAAGCUACUUGACUUUUUCCCGUAUGAGCGCUUAACGUACGGAAAUCCGAUCUUGUCCAUAUCGUUCAGCUCGGCAAAUGACGUGAUCAUAAGUGGAGUGAAAUCAAUGAACAGCCAGAUCACUCAUAUGACCCUCAACGGUUGCACCAAUGUGGCCGUCCGUAACUUCAAGCUAGUGGCUCCCAAAAACAGCCCAAACACCGACGGCUUUGACGUUCAAUUAUCCACCGGAGUCACAUUCACCGGAAGCACAGUUCAGACCGGAGACGAUUGUGUUGCUAUCGGACCUGGUACUCGCAACUUUCUCAUCUCCAAACUUCCUUGUGGCCCAGGUCAUGGUGUUAGUAUUGGGAGCUUGGCAAAGGAAUUAAACGAAGAUGGAGUAGAGAAUGUGACACUAUCGAGUUCUGUAUUCACCGGCACACAAAACGGCGUGAGGAUAAAGUCGUGGGCGAGACCAAGCACCGGAUUUGUUAAGAACGUCUUCUUCCAAGACCUAAUCAUGAAGAACGUCCAAAACCCUAUCAUAAUCGACCAAAAAUAUUGUCCUGACCACCAAGGUUGCCUUACCGAGCAUUCGGGGGUGAAAAUAAGCCAAGUGACGUAUAAGAACAUACAAGGAACGUCGGCAACAAAGCAAGCAAUGAAGCUGGUAUGCAGCAAGAGCAACCCAUGCACAGAUAUCACAUUACAAGACAUUAAGCUUACUUACAAGAAAGGAACUCCUGCUACUUCAUAUUGUUUCAAUGCUCUUGGGACUAGUCUCGGUGUUAUUCAACCUAUUAGCUGUCUAAACCAAUAA